CAUUUGAGCACCGACCUACAGCUGCAACCACGGAGAUGGAGACGACAGCAUUGCGGGAAUAACUUGUCCAGACUGUCCUUACAAAGAGGCCAAUUCAAGGGGAAAGGACUUUUUCCCCCUAUAAACCCAGGAUCGUUAUUCCCGAUGCUAUUGAUGUAGCUGCGUUCAAAUCCGUCAACCUUGGAGAGGGCGUUCGGUUCUGGACCGCCUGAACUCCUCGGAACCGGCUGCUUCCGCACAGCAACCCGGACCUCACGUCCAAACCGGAGGCAUGCGCUUUUGCUGCAUUCACGGUGAUCUGAGCGUGACUGCCGGGCACUGAGUAGAGGAAUCCCUCCUCUCUCUUUCUCUCUCUCCCUCUCUCUCUCUCUCCCUCGUUCCCUCUAUUCUUGCCCUGCCUGCCCCCCCCCCCUUUCCGCCUCUCUUUUCUUGUCGCGGGUUCAGUACAGGCUGCCCAGUCAUCUCGCCCCUCGUCGUUGCAGCGCUGGGGAAGCUGAAUGCGAUGGGACGACUCGGCUUCAGCACCACGGAGAGCGCGCGGCUUCUGCUGCUCGGCGUGUUCGGUGUGCUGUCGCAGUCCGUGGUGCUGGCGCAGCAGGAAGGGGAGAACCUGUCCGGUCUCUCCAGCGACCCGGACAAAGCCAUCUUCGCGGUCCGGGAGAACGGCACGACAUGCUUGAUGGUGGAGUUCGCCGUGAGAUUCCUCGUGCCGUAUGACGUGCUCGCGCUCAAUGGAAUAGACCUGAUCACCGAGCAGGCGGCCUUCACCCUCCCCCGCGGGGCAGAGAUCGAGGGGAAGUGUGGGAGCACGGAGUCAGAGAUCCACAUAACCUGGAAGAACAACGCCUACACGCUUCGCAUCUACUUCUCCAAGGAGUUCCGUGACAAGGGCAUCGAGGUGUGGAAGAUCAGCAAGGUUCAGUUCGUCUAUGACACCUCGGAGACAACGCACUUCAUCAACGCGUACAACCCUGGGAAACACACGGCCAACACCCACCGCCUGUCGGCCCUGGUGACCCCCGCCGGACUCUCCUACGUGUGCGACGCACAGCAGACUCUCACCCUGAUCUCAACCGACCACCAGAAGGGCGUCACCAUCUCCAUGUACGACACCCAGAUGCAGCCCUUCGACAUCACCUCGGACUUCAUAUUCAGCGAACCCUACAAGUGCAUCACGGACCAGCGGGAGCGCCUGGAGGAGACCCUCCCCCUCAUCCUGGGUUUCAUCUUGGCCCUCAUCAUCGUCAUCACGCUCGCCGUCUACCACUUCCACCUGAAGCUGACGGCGAGCCAGCCGCAGCUGCCCAGAGACCGCUCCAUGUACAAGAACAUGUAGCCCCAGGCCCGACACCACAGGGAACCACGCGACGGACUGAAUGCCUGACGGAGAACACCACCAGUUAAAGGGACGGCGUGGGGGCCUGUAGCAUGGGUGUAGACGCAGGGUAAAUCCACAAAAAAAAAAAACCUCACUUUCCCCGCUCCUGAAUUGAAUCUUGAGGCCAUAAAUUCAUAGUCUGUAUUGCAGCCAUUAGCAUUUGGAUGAGGACAUAACGGUUAUUGAUCACAGCGUCGGUCAUCUGGAGGUGACAACGUUCCUCCGGUUUUUCUUCCACCACGUCCAUCUAGUUCGUCACCACAGCGACUUUUAUCCAACUUGUCUCUGAAGGGAAAGCGCACGAAAUAGCCGGAGCUUCUGCUGUCUUUUGUCCCCCGCUCGGUGUCCCCUUCUCUCUUCCCGCCUCCGAAAAGUGCUGCUAAAUCAUUUGGACACCUGUUGUUGGUUCUGUGUUUGCCGAUCUUGAUAUUUUAUUAUUUUUCAGCCCCAGAGUUUUAUUUGUUGAAUGCAGCCGUAGUGUUUUCCCCCGUGGACGAGUCUUGUGGUGUGUGCAGUGCAGUGGCAUUCAGAAUCGCGAUGUUUUUGCUUUGACCUCCACGAAUCUUUUCUCCACAACGAUGUACGGAACAUAUCAAAAAGAGAAGGAAAGAAACACAUGAACAUCUGGGGAAGAUUCCGCUCCAACGGGUGGAGGAUUUUUAUCAGAACGCCAUAUGAGAGUGUUUAUGAAAUGAGAGGUUAUCAAAUUGAAAAAAACUAUGUGUAUAAUAUUUUCAGAAUUAAAGUCUAUGCAUAAACCUCUGCUGAUGCAAUCCUGUGCAGUAUUCUUCUGUCCAUUGAAAUAAAUUGCUGGAAUCAUCUCUA